AUGGCUGAAGACGAAAAGGCCGUUCCCACGAAUGGCGUGGCUGAAAUGCCCUCGGCCAACUCGUCUCGCCCGUCCGUCGUCGAAGACAACAUCAAGGAUGUCAUUUCGUUUCGGCUUCUUGAAUUGCAUUGCAUCUCGGCGCUGACUCUCUGGGCCAUCUUUGCCCCUCCCAAUUCGCAGGAGCCCUUUUCCUAUGACGAAGACGAUCGCGAUUACUACCCCACGCAAAACACCACCGAGCACGACCUCAAUGUCACCGAAGAUGAUUUGCUCGAGGCACAGGAACUCGCCUCCCGGUAUACGCUCGAAGAGGUCCGCGAUAUCAUGGCCCGAGUCUUUCGCGUCCACGAGAACGACCACAACUUUCCCUCCGUCAUUAUACUCAAGAUCAAGGCCUUUCUCGAGAACGAAUCCGUAUUCUCCAACCCCGAGAAGCAUCAGCAUCUGAUUCAAGAGAUGAAGUUGGAAGCUGCUCUUGUCACAAGCAACAGUCCAUAUGCAGAGGUCCGCGCCGUCGUCAGCAACAAAGACGACAUCACUACGCCGUGCUCAACGAUCCGCAGCUGGGCCAUUGGUCUGGCUUUCAGCUGUCUCUUGGCCUUCAUUAACCAGCUGUUCGAUAUUCGCCAGCCCGCCAUCCGCGUUAUGGCCAAUGUCGCCCAGCUGCUGUCCUACCCAGUUGGCAAGGCCUGCGAGAAUUGGUUGCCAGAUGUCGGCUUCACCCUCUUCGGCACCUACCACUCUCUUAACCCAGGACCCUUUUCAAAAAAGGAACAUAUGCUCAUUACCAUCAUGGCAAACGUGGCGUACAACACUCCCUACACCAACAACAUCAUCUGGGUGCAGUAUCUGCCACAGUACUUCAACCAGCCUUAUGCGUCCCACGUCGCCUACCAACUGCUUAUUGCCCUGGCCACAAACUUUAUUGGCUACGGCAUGGCGGGCAUCUGUCGACGAUUCUUGGUCUACCCCUCGUACUGCGUGUGGCCGGCCUCUCUCGUCACCAUUGCCCUCAAUAAAGCCUUUCACAACGAAGCCAAUGCUCCUGUAGAGGGGCCUUUUGGUAAAAAGUGGAAGGUGUCUCGCAUCAAGUUCUUCUACAUCAUGUUCGGCGCCAUGUUCAUUUGGUUCUGGUUCCCCAACUACAUCUUCACAGCCCUGUCUAGGUUCAACUGGAUGUCAUGGAUUGCCCCCCACAACCGCGACCUCAAUGUCAUCACCGGCAUCAACCAUGGCCUCGGCGUCAACCCGUUCCCAACCUUUGACUGGAACGUUCUGCUUUGGGACUCGGCCGACCCCCUCAUGGUCCCUUUCUACAGCACGCUCAACCGCUUCUUUGGCGUCUUUAUAUCCUUCUGGGUUGUUCUUGCUUUCUGGUAUAGUAACGUUUACGACACCGGCUACCUCCCCAUCAACAGCAACCGCGUGUACGAUCACUUUGGUAAGCUCUACAACAUCAGCCGGGCCGUUGACGAUCGAGGACUGUUCCAUGCUGCCGAGUACAAGGAAUACUCGCCACCGUUUCUGAGCGCCGGCAACAUUGUCAUCUACAUGUUCUUUUUCGGUAUCUAUACAUCAACGUUGACAUACGCUGUGCUCUACCACCGCCACGAGAUUAUCAUGGGCUUCAAGUCUCUCUUCGCCAGCUUCCGCAAGAAGAACCCGAUCAAGGACGAGAGGGUCCUCGACGUUCACAACCGAUUGAUGAAGGCGUACCCCGAGGUUCCGGAAUGGUGGUAUCUGAUUUGUCUCCUGAUCGCCAUUGCUCUGGGCAUUGCUGGUAUCGCUGGCUGGGACACCAACACUUCUCCCGGAGUUGUCUUUUAUGGCCUGGCGCUCUGCAUCGUCUUUGUCAUUCCCGUGGGCAUCAUCAAGGCCAUGACGGGUAUCGAAGUUACGCUCAAUGUGCUUGCCGAAUUUAUUGGCGGUUCCUUCGUCGAUGGCAACGCGCUGGCCAUGAACUAUUUCAAGUCCUUUGGCUAUGUAACCUGCGCGCAUGCCGUUUGGUUCUGCAACGAUCUCAAGCUCGCCCACUACGUCAAGAUCCCGCCCCGUCAGACCUUCAUCGCCCAGAUCAUCGCCACUUUUAUCAGCACCAUCAUCUGCACUGGCGUCCUCAACUUUCAAAUGAAGAGCAUCACUGGCGUUUGCACUCCUGAUGCCCAGUUCAAGCUUACAUGCCCGGGCGUCAACACUUUUUUCACCGCAUCUGUUCUGUGGGGAACCGUCGGACCACAAAAGGUCUUUGGUCAGAAUGGCCAAUACACCGAGAUUCUCGUUGGAUUUCCUCUGGGUAUCGUCGUCGUCGUCUUCUUCUGGAUGCUCAAUAAAAAGUUUCCUCAGUGGUCUUGGACUCGACAAAUUCACCCUGUGGCCAUCAUGUACGGCGGCAUUGUAUGGGCGCCGUAUAACAUGUCGUAUGUCUGGCCGUCUGUCCCUAUUGCGUGGAUUUCCUGGGUCUAUCUCAAAACCCGCUUCGUGUCUUUUUGGUCCAAGUACAACUUUGUUCUUUCAGCAGCUUGGUCUUGCGGCAUUGCCAUCUCUGGCAUCAUCAUCUUCUUUGCCUUGCAAUACACCGAUACUAAAUUCAGCUGGUGGGGUAAUAUGGCAUCCGACAUGGGCUGCGAGGGCAGGGCGUGUACUUUGAAGCACCUUCAACCGGGAGAAUACUUUGGGCCGCGCAUUGGCACUUUUGACUAA